UGUACAACUGCCGACCUCACCGGUGCUGCUCACAUUUCCACAGUUUAGUGUUCUUAAACUGUGCAGUUCUACACGUUUUUUCAUCCUGUCGUUGGAAAGUGAAGUUACAUUUGUCAUAGUAAGACGGCGAGGCAGAAAAUGUCCCAAAAUAUAAAAUAGGAACUUUAGCCCGCAAAACUGUGAGGCUUUUACAUUUGAUAGGGGGGAUUCGCCUCUCACACAAGAUCAACGACAGAGAAAGAAUUAGCCACCAUGUUCCUCACCCUCACCCUGCUGCGGAAAGGCAUCUCUGGGAAGCAGUGGAUCGGAAAGUAUCGGCGUCCACGAGAGAUCACAUGGCAGAUGAACCGCAAUACGCUGAAGCGUCUGGAGCGCGAGGCUGAGAACGAGUACUGGAUCAGCCGCCCGUACAUGACUCCGGAGCAGGAGUACUGCCACGCUGCAGAACGCAGGGCCCAGAACUGGCUCAAGAUCAAGGAGACCAAAUUUGCCAAUUUUCCCCAACACAAGCACGUGACGGAUCACCUGAGUCAUCUCAAAAUCAGCAAGACGUGGUCGAGUUAAUGUGAGCAGUGAACAUGCAAAGACUGUCCUAAUAACAGGACAAUAUAACAUAUUGAUGUGUGCUGUUUUGGUAUUAUCCUAAAGCGGACUCUGUAUAUUAGCUGAAAAGCUACCAUGUAAAGUUGUCACCCAAGUCCAUGAUAGCCUAUUUAAACUUCGUUUUUCCCCAUAAACCAAAUCUGUAAACUGUC